AUGGUGACGGGCUGCUCCUCUCCGGGGCUCGGGAUCAGUCCGUCCGCAGGUCGGUCUGUGGGGCGCGGCCCCCUCCAAGCACAGGAGCGAGCAGAGAAGCAGAGCGGGCUGGCCGGGGAGGGGAGGCCGGGGACACAGGGAGAGAGCCCGACAGAGCCGGCGAGACGAGACUGGAGGCAGGGCGAGGCGAGAGGGGGGCCGCGGGCGGCCGCAGGGGCGGGUCGGAGCGCUGCUCCCCGCGCGGGACGGGGCGGCGCGACGGCGGCCCCUUUGUGGCGGCGCCUGGCCCGCGCCCCGCCCGCCGCGCGGGAGGACAAGCAGGCGCCCCGCUCCCGGCCCGGGGCCGCGCCGCCGCCCAGAGCAGCUGGGCCGCCCGCCGCCUUUCCGCCAGCUGCCCUCGGCCACGCCGCCAGGCCGCCGCGGCCGCACCGACGGCCAGGCCAGGCCCCCGCCCCCGCGCCGCACCCACGGCUAGACUUCGGCUCUUUGCAGAAACUAUCCCUUGCACAAAUCCAGUGGCUUCAGUGUGAGAAGCGAGCCUUUUACCAGCCCCACACCCAGGUGGGCUUCCACCCCAGGGCCAAGAUCGCCUCCUUUUGGAAGCCUUGCAAGAUUGCAGCAGUCCUCCCCCUCUCCCGCCCCCACCCAUUUCCUUCCUCCUUUCUACAUCCAACUGGCUUGCGUUUCCCCAGCCAGGUCCUUUAUAGAUCCCUGGCUCCCCUCCAAGGCCUCCAGGCUUUGGCAGCGUCGGAGAACGAAGACAUGGCCAGAGAACCUGACAGCGUGCUGAGAUGGGCAGCCCUGUUGGUGCUCGCCACCCUGGGCACAGCUGUGAUGGCGGCCACCAACCCCGGCGUCGUGGCCAGGAUCACCCAGAAAGGCCUGGACUAUGCCUGCCAGCAAGGAGUGGCCGUGCUGCAGAAGGAGCUGGAGAAGAUCAAGAUCCCGGACUUCUCGGGAAGCUUCAAGAUCAAACAUCUCGGGAAAGGACAUUAUAGCUUCUACAGCAUGGUUGUCCGUGGAUUCCAGCUUCCCAGUUCCCAGAUAAGACUAGUGCCCAAUAAGGGCCUUGAUGUCUCCAUCAUAAAUGCCAACAUGAAGAUCAGUGGAAAAUGGAAGGCCCGAAAGAAAUUCAUCAAAGCCAAGGGCAACUUUGACCUGAGUGUGACGGGCAUCUCCAUUUCGGCUGGUCUGGAGCUGGGCUUUGACCCCGCCUCAGGCCUCCCCACCGCCACCUGUUCCAGCUGCAGCAACCAUAUCAACAGUGUCCGCGUGCACAUCUCAGGCGGCAAGAUGGGGUGGCUGAUACAACUCUUCCACAAAAAAAUAGAGUCUUCGAUCCGAAAUACCAUGACCAGCAAGAUCUGCCAGAUAGUGACCAGUUCCGUGUCCUCCAAGCUGCAGUCUUAUUUAAAGACACUGCGAGUGACAACCAAAAUAGAUAAGGUAGCUGGGAUCAAUUACUCACUGGUGGCACCUCCGACAGCCACGGCUGACAACCUGGAUGGGCAGCUGAAGGGGGAGUUUUUCAGUGUGGCACAUCCUGGCCCGUUUCCCUUCACCUCGCCAGCGCUGGCCUUUCCCAACGACCAUGACCGUAUGGUGUACCUGGGCAUCUCCGACUACUUCUUCAACACAGCGGGGUUCGUGUACCAACAGGCAGGGGUCCUACACCUGACCAUCACGGACGACAUGAUACCAAAGAAAUCCAAAUUCCGACUGACAACCACAUUUCUUGGAACCCUCAUACCCGAGGUGGCCAAGAUGUUCCCCAACAUGAUGGUGCAGCUCAACAUCUCGGCUUCGUCCCCACCGCACCUCACCGUGCUCCCCACUGGCCUCAUCUUCACCCCUGCCCUGGAGAUCCAGGCCUUUGCUGUGCUCCCGAACUCCUCCUUGGCUUCCCUCUUCGUGCUUCACCUGAACACGAAUGCUUCGAUGGAGGUCAGCGCCACGGCUGACAGGCUUGUUGGAAAGCUCAGUGUGGACAGGCUGCUCCUAGAACUGAAGCACUCGGACAUCGGCCCCUUCUCGGUUGUGGUGCUGCAGGCUAUCAUGAAUUAUGUUCUGUCCACGACUGUGAUUCCCAGGAUUAACGAGUGGCUGAUGAAAGGCUUCCCUCUCCCGCUGCCCGCCAACGUCCAGCUCUUCAACCUGGUGCUUCAGUCCCACCAGAAUUUCCUGCUGUUUGGUGCAGAUGUUCACUACAGCUGAAGUCGUCAUGGGUGCCGGGGGAGGGCCAUCAGCCCUGCCAGGAGGGGGCGGGGUUGUUGGCAUCCACUCCUGACGUGCCCAUAGGGGCACAGGCUGCCUUUCCCCAGCCCUUUUACCAGAGAUUCUUGCAAAUUUCUCUGAACUCAGAUUCGGAAAUGAUCUAAAUACAGAAACUUAGUUCCUUGAGAAAGUGUGCGGUGUGUAUACUUCAGGGAUUAUGCCUUUUCCUGCAAGGGCUAAGUCAGCACAGAGAUUUCCUCCAAGAAUUGCUUUCCAUUUGUUACCACACUAUUUCUCAUCGCGCUUCAUACCCCACCCUCCGCAAAAAAACACUUCUUUUUCUGUGCAA